AUGAUCAUCGUCAACGCGGAAGCGGUCGAGGCGACCGCCGCCACGCUCUCCGCCGCGGAAGCGUUGGAAAUCCUCGCGCCGGGCGCAAACGCCAUCACAAACGAGGAGGCCGCGUCGCUGCGCCAGAUCGUCGCCGCGGUCGCGACGCGCGACCCCGCGACGGCGCAAAGGCUAGCGGCCAAGAAGCCGCCGCCGCCGCCGCCGCCGCCUCCCCAGAACGGGAGCGCGGCUUCUGACCUAAAAGCGUUCCUCGAGACCGCCGAUUUAGGAAGGUACGCCGACGCUUUAGUGGCCGCGGGCUGCGCUUCGGUUGCUCGAUUGAAGGCCAUGCCCCAAGAAGAAUUAAAGAACCUCAAAGACCCGCGGACCGGCGGGCGCGUCUUGGCCGUCGGCGCUCUUGCUAGAUUGCGGAGGCAGCUCAACGCAAGUCCGACGCCGCCGCCCGCGCCCGCGGCGCCAUCAGGAACAACCCCAGAACCGGCUCUCACGAGGCACCUCGCCGACCUCGGCCUGGACCGCUUCGCGCCCGCUUUGGCGCGCGCCGGCAUUUCCACCGUGGAAAACCUACUAGACGUCGACCCGAAGGACCUGAGGAACUUGGUGGAUCCCGAGACGGGCCAAAAAGUGUUGGCUGUGGGGCCCUACUCGAAAUUGCGGGCGUCGCUCGAGAAGCUGCGGGAAAGCGCGCCGCCGCCUCCUCCUCCACAGCCUGUUCCUGUCGUGACGCGGCGCGCGCCCCGCGUCCUUUCUCUCAACCACGCGCUUCCCAAGCGUUUCUCCGCGACGACGCGAGAGAGCAGUUGCGUCGAUGGCGUGGAGGCCGACCGCAUAACGCCUUCACGAGCGUUUCUCCGCUGACGAGUGAGAGACGCGUCGAUGGCGUGGAGGACGACGCGCGCGGCGAGAGCAGACGCGUCGACGGCGAAGAGGCCGGCCGCGAGAGACGCGCGUCGAAAACGCACAGGCAAGAGGCCCCCGACGCCUUCGCCGCCUUCCUCGCCGAGGCCGGUUUAGGACGGGUCGAGGAGCCGCUGAAGCGCUGCGGCAUCUCGACGUUACAACAGUUGCGCGACACGCCGGCCGCGGCUUUGAAAGCGGCCGUCGAUCCCCAGACGGGGUCGCGCGUGCUGGCGGUGGGUCCCUUGUCGAAGCUGCGGGCCGCGCUGCGGGAGCAGGAUUCCGUAAGUGAAGUGCCGGCGGGCGUGGUCUUCGCGGCGUCGGAUGGCGACGCCUGCGCCGAAUGUUUGGAUCGAAGGCUCUUCGCGUUUCCCGCGUCUCAUGCUUCGGUCGUCAAGGCCAUUCUGAAUGCGCCGGACCGCGGCGCGUCCAUCCGCGUCUUCCUCUGGGACGCUUCGAGAAAGCGCCUCCACGGCAUCUUCCGGCCCGACGCCGCCGAGGGCGACUCUGCCGAUUCUCCAGUGGUGCCGUCCGCCUUCACGAGCGCACCCUGGACGGGCGUCGCGCCGCCGCCCGGAAAAGCCACGGCCCAGACGAAGUUCCCGUGCCAGCUGAGGGUGGCCCCGGUCCGGGCCUUCGAGCCUCUACCUGCCACGUUGGCCGGCUCCGUGCUCCAGUUCGAGCGGCCGGGCUGCGCCGGCGCGCCGGCCUACGACCUCACCGCCGAGCAGGUCGCGACGGUGUCGCGGCUCUUCAUGACGCGCGGCGCCUAGGCGCUUUCUCUCUCGUGUAACGAGUGUGGUUGAUUUAUCCCCGCGUCGAUGGCGUUGGCGCCAACGGCGUCGCCGUGAUUAGUCGAGGAUAUUUUUAGGCAAAACUUAGGCGCGGCGCCGGACGGUCGCGGCUUCGCGCUGCCGAUUAAAUCUUCGUGAACCGCAGGCGGCGGUUCGAGGAGGAAAAGCCCGAGGACCCCCUCGACGCCGUCGAGCGGCGCGCGCGCCUCAUGUGCGGCAAGCCCGAGGUCGAGGACGCGGCGACGCCCGAGGAGAUCGACGAGGAAUUUGACCCGCUGUUAGCGCGCGCCAAGGCGCUAUCGCUGCACGCGUCGCGCGUCGCGGCCGAGCUUGAGUCCCAGCCUGUGUGGAUAUCAACCAGUGAGUUAGGUUACCUCCACGCCAUCGAGCCGACGCGGCCACGGGGACAACGUCGCGUCGAUGGCGUGGGGCGCCCGAAAUUUGAUCCCACUCAGGUCCCAAAUCGCCGCCGUCGGGCGGUCGGCGGCGCCCGUCGAAACAGCACCGGCGCCUGCCGUCGUCGUCUCCAAGGAGGAAGAGGACCUCGUCGCGCGGGCCCGGGCGCUUCUGUCCGACGCCGAACCCGCGCCGGCGCGCGAGGCGCCUCCCGUCGACGACGGCCUCGACGUCGACAUGGACCUCAUCCGUCGCGCGCGGGCGCUGCGAGGCGCGAGCCAGCUCGCGCGAACGGAGUCGAAAUAA